UGCGCACGGGCUCGUAGUACAGUUUGUUCUUACAGCUGAGCACUUCUCCCUUUGGUGCAGCGGCAGCUCCAGUUGUUUACUUCUCGUUUCACCUCAGACAGCUCUAACAGCAUAUGCUGUUUAUCUCAUAUGCUGUGGAAUUUUAGAAAGGCAGGCAUUGGAUGCCGGCCGGCUAAUACACACUGACAACCGAUACAAAGAGUUUCCGGUAUUGUGGCCGCAGGCAGGUCACAGUUGAACUGCCCGCUGCGGCUGCUGUGGUGCUAGCCUGUCAGCUAGCCAGCGUCUGUUAGCUCAUCUACCGCUCAGAAUGUGAAAAGUUGGACAAAAAUUCACAAGGGACAAAUAACAGUGUCGAAAACGAGUACUGAAAGGGGUUUAGCUCCAGUGCUUGGAAUUAUUUUUGUUUGUGUAAGUCCCAUGCCGACUUUACAAGCUGUUUCUGCUGACUGUUUGGAGAGGGCAGUGACUGAGGGCGUGAAAAAUGUUGCUGCUUAGUGCAACACGCCUACUAGGAAGAGGGAAAACUUUGCUCCGAGAUCCCAUUAAGAGGAUUUGCGCAAACAUGUCGUUCACCUCUCGUUCCGGGAAGAGACUGCGGGUCCUGGUGGACAUGGACGGAGUCCUGGCGGACUUCGAGGGGGGAUUCCUGAAGAAGUAUCGGGCCAGGUACCCGACGGAGCCCUACAUCACCCUGGAGGACAGGAGAGGGUUUUGGGUGUCAACGCAGUACGGGCAGCUGAGGAGUGACCUUUGUGAAAAAGCUAUCAGCAUCUGGGAGUCCAAAGGUUUCUUCAUAGACUUGGACCCGCUGCCAGGAGGAGUGGAGGCGGUCAAGGAGAUGGCCGAGAUGAAUGACACAGAUGUCUUUAUUUGCACCAGCCCUAUAAAACAUUAUAAACACUGCCCACAUGAGAAGUAUGCCUGGGUGGAGAAGCAUCUGGGCCGUGACUUCCUGGAACAGGUCAUUCUGACCCGAGACAAGACGUUAAUCACCGGCGACCUCCUGAUAGACGACAAGCCUGACAUUCUAGGUGUGGAGCCAAAUCCAGCGUGGGAGCACAUCCUGUUCAGUGCCUGCCACAACAAGCACCUGCCCCUCAGCCUCCCCCAGAGACGGCUCCUCUCAUGGUCAGAUGAUUGGAGGGCCAUCCUGGACAGCAAAAGGCAGUGAGGGGCUCCUGCACAGCCCAGCCCCACAGCAGCCUGGCAUCUGGGUUAAUGGAAGUUCUGGUGUUCGCUGCUAUGGCCUUGGCAUACUUUUCUCCACUAAGUGGGGUGUGGAGGCUUAAGAGGGAUGAGCAGUUUACGUUUCAGGUUGAAUGGAAGUCGUGCUGUACAAGCAGACUGUUGAUCCAGUCUGUUAGAAGAGGAUGUUCACUUGCUCGACCACAAAGGGGCACUCUGAGACUGUGUAUGAAUUUGUAUUGGAGACCAGAUUCUGUACAAUCUCACUGAAUGAGAAGGACAAAAGGAGUUCAUAAAAAGAUACAUGGUAAGUGGAAAGGACAGAUUAUGUUGAGUGACCUCGACGGUUAUGGAUUCACUUUGCAUUCUGGAUGUUUCUCAGAUUCACACAAAAUGGAUUUCUGAGCCAUUGCGUGGUCUCUCUGUGGCCUUCAUUGUAAAAGGCUUAUCAAUAUUUAACUGCACCGUCCUGCACUCGUGAGUCAGUGUGAUGUGAUUCACAACAGGGCACUCCACUGCACCCAAAAAAGCUCAAAAAUACACCCUGAGUCGUGGGCACUGGCGAACACAUAAACACAGGACAGUGACUUGGAGUCAAAAUUACUGUUUUAUUAGGUUGUCAUUAUUUUGCAUGUAUUGUGUAGGUAUGUGCCAUGCCACUGUUAUGUAAAUGCAAAAAUACUGUGAAAUCCACUCUGGUUUUUAAAAAGGUUAAAAGCCUACAUGGGUGCUCUUUUUUUACAAUAUGUAUUUGUUCAAUAUUUCACUGAUACACGAAUGAGAAAAGUAGCUGCACACGUGCAUCUUGCCAAACAUUGCUAGUGUAGAUUGUUGUAGGCACUGAAGACUGAGUAAUAUUGGUUCAGUGUUGGUUAAUAAUGAACCAAUAUUCAAUAUUAAUAUAUCACUGACAAGUCCAUAUGUUAAUCAAAAUUCUGGUAGGGUAGCUCUGCAUGAUUCAUUUCAUAAUAAUCAUCAUUUCAUUUACAUUGGACCCUUCUGCCACCUCCCAAGUUCAUCGUUGGUCAUAGACAAGCCAGAUCAGAGGAGUUUGCAUCAGGUGUAUGGAGAAUUCUGUAGGGGCUACUUGUGCACACAUUGGCCUCAUUAUUUGAAACUUUGCCCAUGUUUAAUAUAAACAUCCACAAUUGCAACAGCAUGGAUAUGACAGAAUGCAGUAUAAGGAAAAGCGGAAAUCUAUAGGAGCCUAAGGAAGGAUGAGAGCUGAGCAGCAACAUUGAUCACUAUGUUUUAUAAGUGGUAUGCCACCAUUCUGUUCAUAUUUUUAGAGCAGGGGUGUCCAACUCCAGUCCUUCAGAGCUACUGUCCUGCAGCUUUUACAUGCAACCCUACUCAAACACAGCUGAAUCAAAUGCUUGGAUUACCUCUUCAGCACGCUAUCAAGUUUGGCAAAGGCCUGAUAACAAGCCAUUCAUUUGAUUCAGGUGUGUCGGGACAAGGAUGCAUCUAAAAGCUGCAGGACAGUAGCUCUUGAGGACUGGAGUUGGACACCCCUGUUUUAAAGCUUAUCUUCAGAAGCAUGUCAAGCAAGAUUUAAGUUGUAGAAAAUGUUUUAAUGUUCCAAAAAUAAACAGUUUUUAUUUCAGCUUGUCAUUAAUUACUUGAAAACUUGUAUUAAUUUUUAGCAAUUAUAUUUUUAUUAUAUUUUUAGCAUUUAUAAACUGUAUAAAAUCACCACUUUCUCAGUGUCACUGUCCUGCUUCAAUCAUUUGCAGUUUUAUUCACCAACUCUACUAGAAUAUGUCUGAAUAUGAUUCACAGUUCAAAAUACCGAACCUUGGUGCGGCACCUAAUUUCAUACGUUAUCUGAGUGAACGAGCCAACUUCCUGUGUGCCUGCAAUGACCAUAUUAAGUAUUUGCACUCUCUGACAUCAUACAGAUCAAAGAGUUGGUAAAAAUGGAGUGUUUAGUGCAUUCUCGCUUUUCCUUACUUGCACCGAUGCUAACCUCAUUGGAAACUUGAUGCUUUUAACAUGAACACCCACCAGAGUAACGGCACCUGUGGCUAGCAAAGCAGUAAUAGGUCCCCUUUAGGAUACACAGAUGAUAUGUAGAUGCUGGGAUAAAAUGCUUUUUAAUUUCUUCUGGUAUAUUUUUGCCUGCUAGCAUCCUUUCACAGAACUACGCACUAGAUGCUAAUUAUGUGUAAUGAAAGAUGUACGUAGUGCUGAGUGCUUGUCUUUUUGUGACUAGCUUAUACAUAUUCAUGUCAGUUCAAUACAAAUCCAAAUGUUUGUUUAUGCCAGUGGAAUGUUUUGAUCCACCUCUAUUAAAACCCAUGCAAAAAACCAAUAACUUGAUGACCUGGGCAUUUUAAACAGUCUUCUCUCAUUUAACAGUGCCAUUAAAAAGAAAGUUUCAUUGGC